AUGUCUUCUGAAGGUCUGACGUCACCGACUCAGAGAAGAACUCCCACUGAUUCGUCAACUGUCGAGGAUCAGAGAAUCGCCACCGCUAUUGAGAAAGAUACGAGUUCUAGAGAAAUUGAAGUAAACGAAAUUGAUCCGUGUAGAGGAGCAUGGGGAAAUCAACUGGAGUUUCUGCUAUCAACAUUAGGUAUGGCUGUUGGUCUGGGAAACAUUUGGAGAUUCCCAACAAGAGCAUUCAAUAAUGGAGGAAGUGCUUUUCUGGUUCCUUAUAUCUGCUGUGCUCUUUUGUUUGGCCUUCCUGCUGUCUAUUUGGAAUUCCUUCUUGGUCAAUACCAUCGAACAACCGCCCCAAUUAUUUUUCGACGCUUUGCUCCGAUUCUUCAAGGAGUCGGCUGGAUGGCAGUCACUGUCUCAUCACUUGUCGCAAUCUAUUAUAUCAUCAUUAUCGGAUGGAGUACUGUUUAUAUGGCAGCUAUUAUGAUGGGGGAUACUGAAAGAUGGAAUAAGUGUGACAAUGCAUGGAAUAAGUUGGAAACAUGUCUGGAAAGUGGAAUACAGUUAUGCAAACAUUUCAAUAGUACAGGAAAUGAGACGAUACCAAGCUGGGCGAAUUUGAGUUUGCCAAAUCGGGGUGAAUUUUUUGUUUGGUUGAACUCCACAUGUUAUGACAAAGUAGACAUUCCGCCAGGAGCAAUGCCCGCCACAGAGCAAUAUUUCUUUGAAUACGUCGUCAAGCCAUCUUCGGGUUUUCUUGAUUUCAAUCAUAUGAAUCCAAAUUCGUUUAUUGGUAUGAAUAUCUGCUGGCUUAUAGUCGCUUUGAUUCUUUGGAAAGGUGUGGAUUACAUGGGAAAGGCUUCAUACGUCAUUGUCACUCUCCCCUAUUUCAUCAUCAUCUUGUUGUUUUUUCGUGGAAUUACCUUGGAAGGGGCAGAAGACGGGUUAGAGUUUUAUUUGGGACAACCGGAUUGGUCCAAGGUUUUCGAAGCAAAAACAUGGGGAGAAGCUUUGAAACAGUUGUGCUUCAGUCUGGGAAUCGGAUAUGGUGGCCUGAUUGGAAUGUCAUCAUUCAGUAAACACGAUAAUAACUGUUUCAGAGACGCGUUGAUUGUGAUAAUUGGAGACACUGUGAUGUCAAUAGUGGGUGGUGCGGCAGUGUUCUCAACUCUCGGCUUUUUGGCACAUCAAAGAGGAACUACAGUCCCCAAUGUGGUUCAAGACGGAUUCUCUCUUGCGUUCGUGGCGUUUCCUGAAGCACUAGGCAAGAUGCCUCUACCAGAAUUGUGGUCGUUUCUUUUUUUCAUUAUGCUCUUCUUUCUGGGAAUCUCGACCGAAGUAGCAUAUGUUAAUGUGUUCUGCUCUUCAAUUUGCGAUCAAUUUGUAAGCUUGAGAAAAAAGAAAUGGAUGGUUGUAGUAGGAUGGUGUUUAAUGUUGUAUUGCAUUGGAAUUGUUAUGGUCACUGAUGGUGGUUUCUAUUGGUUCAUUAUGUUUGAUGAGUACGCUGCUGGAGUAUCAUCUUGCUGUGCUGUCACUGCUGAAGUUCUACUUGUUGCUUACGUUUACGGAAGACGAAAUCAGGUAGCUGAUAUGUUAGAACUGUUUGGACCAGCCAAAAACAAAUUCACCAGUUGGUUGGGACCACAUUCACCAUAUUUCGGAUUCAAUUGGAUGUUCAUUACACCAACUUUAGGAUCAGUUCUCAUUAUCUUGGCAAGCAUCCGUUCAUACCCAUAUCAAGACAAACCAGAAAUAUAUCCUCUUGCUUUUGAUAUUAUCGGAUGGAUUGUGUGUCUACUCCCAAUGGCAAUGGUUCCUAUUUUUGCUGUGUUCGCAUACUUUGAAUUCAAGAACAACGGGCACGAUUUAAGAGGAUUGUUCAUGAAACAAAGACAACUGAAGUCCUACGCCAGAAUUUACAAAAAAAUGUCGUUGAAAGAUCGUGUCAAACAGAAAAUUCUACCAAAUCGGGAACCAUGGGACGAGAAACCGUCUGGAUACAAGUUCAACGUAACUUCAGAAACCAUGUCAACAUCAUUUGGAAAUUCAGCAAGCUCCACUUAUGGGGAUACUUAUGGGGAUGAUGCCAACUUAUUGAACUCUGCAUCUUUUUCCAGUCAUAGUAAAUCUCAAUGA